AUGUCCAAGUUAGAAAAGGCCCGGUUGGAGAAGAUAGACAGGGACUGCUGUGAUUGGAAGACUGAGGGCCUUAAGACUAACAACUUCUCGGACAAGGCACAAUAUGACAGAUCUAGUUGUAAUACCUGGAUGAGCAAAAGGCCCUCCCAGUGGCGGCGGCACUUCAGGGGCACUGCUAGCGGCAGCAUGUUCCCCCAGGGACACUCCCAGGGGUGCCUGCACUCCAAAGAGCCCUCUCAGGGUCUGCAGCAACCCAAGGAGUCUUCCCAGGGCCGGCAGCGCCCCAAGGAAACCCAGAGGCGGCGGUGCCCCUACAGAGGCUGCAGUGCCCCCAGGGGCCCUCCCAAUGGCGGCAGCGCCCCAGGGGCCUUACCAGAGUGUACAGAACCUCCAGGGGCCCUUCUUGCAGCGACAGCGACCCCAGGGGCCCUCCGAAUUGCGUCGGGAACCUCAGGGGCACUCCUAGGGACGUCGGCGACACAGGGGCCUUCCCAGGGGCACCUGCGAAGCCAGGGACCCUCACAGUGGCCUGCACAGGGGCUGCAAAGCCCCAAGGGUUCUCACAGAGGUGGCGUCGCCUCCAGGGCCCAUCCCAGGGGCUGCAGCGCCAUCCAAGGGCCCUCCCAGCGGCAGUGGCGCCGCAAUUGCCAUCGCAGGGACCCUCCUAGGGGCGGCGAAACCCCAAGUGGCCCUCCCAGUGGCGGCGGCACUUCAGGGGCACUGCUAGCGGCAGCAUGUUCCCCCAGGGACACUCCCAGGGGUGCCUGCACUCCAAAGAGCCCUCUCAGGGUCUGCAGCAACCCAAGGAGUCUUCCCAGGGCCGGCAGCGCCCCAAGGAAACCCAGAGGCGGCGGUGCCCCCAGGUGCCCCUACAGAGGCUGCAGUGCCCCCAGGGGCCCUCCCAACGGCGGCAGCGCCCCAGGGGCCUUACCAGAGUUGCAAAAACAACAACCCACAGAGGCCCUACAGGGGCAGCACUCAAAGGGCCCCCUACAUUUACACCUGCUGGGUACAGCGCCCACAGGGGCCCUCCCAGGGGUGCCUGCGCUCCAAAGAGCCCUCCCAGGGUCUGCAGCAACCCAAGGAGUUCUCCUAGGGCCGGCAGCACCCCCAGGAGCCCUCCCAGAGGCGGCAGUGCCCCCUGGUACAGAGCCCCCAGGGGCCCUUCUUGCAGCGACAGCGACCCCAGGGGCCCUCCGAAUUGCGUCGGGAACCCCAGGGGCACUCCUAGGGACGUCGGCGACACAGGGGCCUUCCCAGGGGCACCUGCGAAGCCAGGGACCCUCACAGUGGCCUGCACAGGGGCUGCAAAGCCCCAAGGGUUCUCACAGAGGUGGCGUCGCCUCCAGGGCCCAUCCCAGGGGCUGCAGCGCCAUCCAAGGGCCCUCCCAGCGGCAGUGGCGCCGCAAUUGCCAUCGCAGGGACCCUCCUAGGGGCGGCGAAACCCCAAGUGGCCCUCCCAUUGGCGGCGGCACUUCAGGGGCACUGCUAGCGGCAGCAUGUUCCCCCAGGGACACUCCCAGGGGUGCCUGCACUCCAAAGAGCCCUCUCAGGGUCUGCAGCAACCCAAGGAGUCUUCCCAGGGCCGGCAGCGCCCCAAGGAAACCCAGAGGCGGCGGUGCCCCCAGGUGCCCCUGCAGAGGCUGCAGUGCCCCCAGGGGCCCUCCCAACGGCGGCAGCGCCCCAGGGGCCUUACCAGAGUUGCAAAAACAACAACCCCCAGAGGCCCUACAGGGGCAGCACUCAAAGGGCCCCCUACAUUUACACCUGCCGGGUACAGCGCCCACAGGGGCCCUCCCAGGGGUGCCUGCGCUCCAAAGAGCCCUCCCAGGGUCUGCAGCAACCCAAGGAGUUCUCCUAGGGCCGGCAGCACCCCCAGGAGCCCUCCCAGAGGCGGCAGUGCCCCCUGGUGCCCUUACAGAGGCUGCAGUGCCCCCAGAGGCCCUCCCAAGGCGCCGGCGCUUCAGGGGCCUGACCAGAGUGUCCUCCUCCCAGAUGACCUAUAGCUUGCUUGGUACAGAGCCCCCAGGGGCCCUUCUUGCAGCGACAGCGACCCCAGGGGCCCUCCGAAUUGCGUCGGGAACCCCAGGGGCACUCCUAGGGACGUCGGCGACACAGGGGCCUUCCCAGGGGCACCUGCGAAGCCAGGGACCCUCACAGUGGCCUGCACAGGGGCUGCAAAGCCCCAAGGGUUCUCACAGAGGUGGCGUCGCCUCCAGGGCCCAUCCUAGGGGCUGCAGCGCCAUCCAAGGGCCCUCCCAGCGGCAGUGGCGCCGCAAUUGCCAUCGCAGGGACCCUCCUAGGGGCGGCGAAACCCCAAGUGGCCCUCCCAGUGGCGGCGGCACUUCAGGGGCACUGCUAGCGGCAGCAUGUUCCCCCAGGGACACUCCCAGGGGUGCCUGCACUCCAAAGAGCCCUCCCAGGGUCUGCAGCAACCCAAGGAGUUCUCCUAGGGCCGGCAGCACCCCCAGGAGCCCUCCCAGAGGUGGCAGUGCCCCCUGGUGCCCUUACAGAGGCUGCAGUGCCCCCAGGGGCCCUGCCAAGGCGCCGGCGCUUCAGGGGCCUGACCAGAAUACAGAGCCCCCAGGGGCCCUUCUUGCAGCGACAGCGACCCCAGGGGCCCUCCGAAUUGCGUCGGGAACCCCAGGGGCACUCCUAGGGACGUCGGCGACACAGGGGCCUUCCCAGGGGCACCUGCGAAGCCAGGGACCCUCACAGUGGCCUGCACAGGGGCUGCAAAGCCCCAAGGGUUCUCACAGAGGUGGCGUCGCCUCCAGGGCCCAUCCCAGGGGCUGCAGCGCCAUCCAAGGGCCCUCCCAGCGGCAGUGGCGCCGCAAUUGCCAUCGCAGGGACCCUCCUAGGGGCAGCGAAACCCCAAGUGGCCCUCCCAGUGGCGGCGGCACUUCAGGGGCACUGCUAGCGGCAGCAUGUUCCCCCAGGGACACUCCCAGGGGUGCCUGCACUCCAAAGAGCCCUCUCAGGGUCUGCAGCAACCCAAGGAGUCUUCCCAGGGCCGGCAGCGCCCCAAGGAAACCCAGAGGCGGCGGUGCCCCCAGGUGCCUCUACAGAGGCUGCAGUGCCCCCAGGGGCCCUCCCAACGGCGGCAGCGCCCCAGGGGCCUUACCAGAGUGUCCCCCUCCCAAAUGA